UUACUUGUCAGGCGUUUACUGAUCGAGUCAAGAGGACAAUUAAUAAAUCUAUUUUGCUCGCAAAAGAACCCUUGCGCCAUGACAUCGCACCCUCGACGUCUGCUAACCAGGGUGGCAGAACCCUUAACCUUUGACAUUUCUGUAAAUUUUGACUUUAAUUCCUCCAAUAGUGCCCAGUUAACAAUGGAGUUCAUCAAAUUCCUGUGUUUGCAAAAAGGCCAGAUACCUGUCUCGUGUUCUCAACUAAAAAAUCUUUCAGAAAUGGCACGACUAAACCUUGGUAGUUCUUCAAAAGAACAAAUGACUUCCAAGGAAAAAUCUGCAGCAUUUAAAACAAGGAGAAAGCAAAUGCAGUUUGUGAAGAAAGCUGACAACUUUCAAAGAAGUUUAGGAAAUGUUUUGCAGAGUGUUGUAAGUUGCUUCGAAGCCAAAAAUGACCAGGUUGCUGUUAUUUUGGGUACAUCAUUAUUUAACCCAAAAGAAAUUUUUAUCCUUGAUUGGUCCCAUUGGCCUCUCAAGCAAUGUGGCCCAACAGCAUGCAGUGACAAAAAUAAUUUCCAGAAAGAUCUUGCCAAUUUUUUCAGAUUCUUGGUGACUACUGAAAAAUUAUAUCCUAUUCUACAAGCAGUAAGACCGACCAAUUUGCAUGUGCUUUGCCAAACUGAUUCUUUAACCCCUAUAGGCUGUAUCCCCCGCUUAAACUAUAAACAUUCGUGCAGAGCACCCCAGGUUACCUUACGCAUACUACCUAAAAACCCAAUUCCUUUCAUUUUAUCUUCAGAUGGUAGUCACGACGGGGACAUUGAGCCAUACGAGUUGACAUCAUUUUCUCCCGGAGUAAAUGCACACACUUACCGGGCCGUCAGUCGACGUCUGAUUUUUUCCUCCCCUGCGCCUAUACCAAAGAAUUUUCAGUUAAAAGACUGUUCGUUAUUAGAUAUAUCUGGAAUUGGCCAAUUGGAAGAUGACGUUGAUAAAGAAAGUAAUAAGGAAACCCUAAAUGGAACUGUAUCACAUACAUGCUGGUUUCAGAUUCAAAGUUCUUUAUCGGGAUUUUUAGAAACUUACGUUACGAACAUUUAAUCUAAGACAAAUCAAAGUGUCCGAAACUGGUUUGCAUGUUUUCUGAAUGGUGACAUAACUUUUAUCAGACUAUCAAAUGUUUGUUGCGAUAAGUUUAUCCGAAAAUACAAUCACAUUUGUUUGUU